UCUCACACUGUUUCCAAUUACCGACAACCUCAUCUUGCUGUUCAUUUGAUACGCAUCAAAAUGGCAGCCAAGCACGGACGAGAUGAUUUUGUUUGUUUGUUUGUUCACCUUCAGCGUCCGAGGCCGGAUUCGCGAAGCGGCCCGGCCAAGCGCCUCCAGCCAUGGUCCUUGCCUGCGGCUAGUCGCAUUUCCUUCGUCCCAGCAGUCGCCCUUCCCCAGGGCUCACCAUAGAGUUGAGGCAACGGCGAGAUGAUCACGCAAGGAAAGCGCAGGGCUGCACCGGUACUGCAAGGAGUUUAGGUUAUAUCUAGGUCCACAAUGUCUGAAGGGCAGCGUCGGUUCCCGGAUCUAGUAGCCCAAUUCAUCUAUAUCUUGAUAUAACCGCUCAUGCAGUCUUAGUACAUCAAUACCUACAGAUUCCAUGGAGGUCUUUGACCCCCGAGGAGAUCUCGAGCUGGUUAUCGGGCCAGAAAAGACCGUCUUUCAGGUCUGCUCCCGCGCGCUCGCCCGCUCGUCGCCGGUAUGGGAUGUGAUGCUCUACGGCUCCUUUGCCGAGGAGGACUCGGUAGAGGGUCUUCGUCUUGCCCUCCACGCGGCUCACGGCAAUCUGACCGAAAUACCCCCCGUCCUCCCCCAGGCCACCCUCUACGCCGCCGUCACCGUGGCCGACAAGUACGACAUGGUCGAAUGCCUGACCCCCUGGUGGCGCGGCUGGAUCGAUGCACUCCCGGACCCGCGUCCUGAUCCCCACGUCCUCGUCCAACGGCUCCUGAUCUUCUGCCUCCUCGGAGAUGAAUGCCGCUAUCGGAUGACUCUCAAAAUACUUCUCUCCUGCUCGAGGAGGGAUCCAAAAUCUGGAAGCAUUUGGUCGGACCGCCAGGAAUACGACCUGCGGCAGGACAGCGACUUGGACUAUCUAGAGAUAUCCCCGCACUUGGAAUCUGCACGACAUACAUUGUUCUCUGCGGUGGGCAAGCAUAUGCGGCACGCGAUGGAGCGACUUAUAAAUCAUGAGGCCAGUUGCUGCAAAAGCAAACGCAAUAAGAAGUGGAAGCGCACUUGUGACUGCGCCAUGCUCGGCGCUGUGCUCCGCAUGGCAACGGCCAUGGAAGUCGAGGCUUGGUUCGAGCGGGGGCGAGACGACGACUUCAGCGUUCACACCUCGGACUCCUUGUUCAGCCUGAUCGUCCAGCUGGAGAAUAUGCGCCAUUCUGUCAUCGACGAGUCCGGAAUGUCCGGGAAACAAAACGGUGCCCACCGAACCUGCACCCCAUGGCCACCCUUCGAAAUCAUCGACAUCUGGGCAGAGCACCCGGUGGAGGACCUCUUUCCCAUCAACCCAUCACAGUUCUUGACUCGCUGUGAUCGGCUAGCUAUUGGCGGUACUGAUGGCCCUAGAUAA